AUGGCUGCGAAGAAGCCCGUCUCGCCACUUGGUGAAGACGCUCAUCCGCGCAUCUGGAACCCCUCAGCCUUACGAGCAUUGACUUCUUCCCCCCGCCUCAGCCUGAGCCGCUCCAGAAGGGAUUCGUGUUCUACGACAAGCUCAAGCUCAACGUCUUCGCUUGAGUCGAGCUCGAGGGCGUCAUGUGUCACUCGUCAAACACCUCAUGAUGAGUGCGCUGUGCAUAGGUUCAUCGUGUGGGCCGCCAUUCAGCGAAAUGCUUGCGAAAAGAUGUCGCCGAUUGAGAAACUCGAAUGCCCUCUGCUUCGCUGCAGGAAGCGGUUUCCGGAUCAUGAGCUGAUGUUGAAGCACCUCUACACCUGCGACCUUUUGUCCACUGGAGAAUACUGGUGCUAUGAAUGCGAGAAGCCAGAGAGAUUCACAGAUGGCAAGUGCAAGCGGUGCCUUGGUCACCCCGGGAAACGUCGCAAAAUACUCAAGAUCGCGAAGAACUUCUUCUCGACCAUUGGCCACAAGUCUAGGAAAGAGGGCGCUUCCGACCUCGAUCUCGUCGCCACCACCGACCUCCCGCCCCCGAGCUAUGGCUCCUUGCACGUUCGGCCCCAGCAGAUCGAGCUGUCAUGCGCUACCGAGAUCGUUGAGAUUGAUUCUGUCGAAAUUUCAGCAACCCGGGCUCCCCCACAUGCAUCCUCACUGCUUGACCCAAGUUCGACUAACGUCUUACCGGCAACGGACCACCCAACACAGGCUGCGGCCCUGGACUGCAUGAUUUCAUCCAUACCUAGCCCCUUGUCCGAUUGGGAUUUCAACCUCCUUACUGGCGCUCCCGGCACCGCUAUGGUGGAGAACGAUCACACCAAGUUGACCGAUCGACCGGCACUGCAGCUGACCACAUAUGACCUAGCACAUUACAGACGUAGCAGGCUGGAUCUACAGAACAAGGGGAAAAAGCUUUCCCCAAGCUCAUCGCUGAGAUCAAAUGCGAGUUCUGGAAGCCACGGCAUUUCACCAAUAUCGGCAUUCAGCGGGGCCUGGACAGUAGGGUCGGGUUUUGAGACCGACUUGACCUCACCCACCUCCGACGGCGGCGGCUUUCUGUCAAGAGGCGGUUCCAAUGCAAGCCGUCGAAGUUGCUUCGACAGCGUGCAGCUGCAUGAGACGAUAUCAGAGCUCCCGGCUGACUAUCCCCUUGUUGACCCCAUUCUGCCUGUCCUUCCGAAUGGAAGCAGCACAGAUUAUUGUUCUACAGGGACCCUCACCACCGUUCCGGACACUGCGGCGGUACCGACGGCUCACGUGAACUCUUUCAAGUCUGAGGCAUAUAUCCAGGUGCCAGAGAGUAGCAAAACGCAGCCACUGACGAAUCCCCACGCGUUGAUUACUUCGGCCUGGGAGACUUUGCAAACACACAUCACCUCGUCAAUGCAAAAGCUGCGACACAUGUCACACAACCCCCUCGUCCAUCAAUUGCAAUUCCUCGACUGCCAUACCGUCGGUACAACUGGACUUGCCACUCUUCAAGCAAUUUUGGAGGGUGAGAUCCCAGCUUCUCCGCUCGACUGGCUUUGUUUCGUACACUUCACCUACUCGUUAUCCCUGGUUGUUUACGAGCGGGAUGCUGAAAGCAUGGCGAAACGUCUCUUCGCCCAAGCUUAUUUGUAUGGAAGUCUGGUCGCUCCUGAACUCCGUAAUCUUUACCUAGAGGUCGCUACGUCGAUCUGGCACCCUCUGGACAUGACUGAUGACGAACUUGCUGGUCAACUACUAAAGAAAGACCUUGGAACCUUACCAAUAGCAGAGACCUCCAAGGGCAAGACGUGCGGGCUACCUAUUGUGACCCUUCAUGGGGCAGAUGACCUCCUAGAAAUAGCUCGGUUCUUCCUGGAUGAACUCGAGCACGCCGCGUUUCCUGCCAGUGAAUCGCACCCAGUCGCCGCUGCGAAGUCCGACAGCUGGGUGCAGCAAACACGAGAUGCCUAUGCAGGAAAGGUUUCCGACCAGGGAUUCUCGGUCACUGUUGGCCUUGUCGUGAAUAUGCUGCAAGGCCAAUUCCCCAAUGCCUUCGGUCUUGUCAAAAAGCUGGCCAAAUUCCAAAAACGUGUUGAUGCAGGCGAGAUACAAAAUCCACGAAGAGCGGAGUUGGAGUUGAUACAGGCAGGCAAGGGGCACCUUUCGACCAAUAUGUACUUUGAUUCAUAUGUACCAGCAGUCCGGCAACAUUGCGAUAAAAUUUACGAAUACGCGACGCCGGACAUCACAUCGCGGGCGACCUACCACUUAUGCGGUAUCAGAAUCAUGAAAGACGUCAUGUCUGGUCUCCAUCAAAGUAGUUCCACGUCGCGUGGUGGCAACAGUACCGACAAAGAGACUUUGGAUGAUAUUUUUACAUCAUUGACCACGGGAUUUGAGGACGACCACUUGGAUGACAUGAUGAUGCUCGACGGAUUAGAUGACGUCGUAGCCGCCCCUGACACGUUGGACGAUAACAUGUCCGAGGGUUUGAUAGCGACGUAUCUUGGUGGGUACAACAGCCUUUGCCCGCGCGCCACCAGCAGUUCUGGCGACACUCAGCAGAACGUACUGGUCACACAGCAACUGGAAACAACUCAACAGGAUCUCUCCAAUGAAGCGGGCAACAAAGUCGAGUCAACGGACUGCUGCGAUAUUUGCGGAUUCCGCCCCAAAGGGCAUCCCAGGUGGUUCAAAGGCACUCUGACGAAGCACAAGAAGCUACAGCACAAAACGACGCCUCCUACAAUAUAUCGAUGUCCAUUCCCAGGCUGCACGAGCCAGUAUAAAAAUCGACCUGACAACCUGAGGCAGCACCAGCUCGACAAAAAUCAUUUCGUCGACGGCGAAGGGGUCCGCAGGCCCAGCAAAAGGAAGAAAGUUGACGACAGCGAAUGA